CAAGGGGUAAUGUGGAGAAAAACCAAAGUGAAGGGGGCCUUCGAAAAUCCAUCCAAUUUGCAGUUUGUUUUGUAUAUCACUCGUUGCAGGUUAGGGGUUAGGGUUCUACAGCCUCAGAAUAAUCUCUUCUUGCUCAAAAUCAGCAAACAAAUGGACGCAAUUACCGGUUCAUCUCUUCAUAUGAUCAAAUUUAACGAUGAAUUUAGCUUUUCACCAUCGUUGAACAAGAUCAGCUCUUCAAUUUCUAAAUUUCAGAGUAAGUUCAGUUGUAUGGCGUCUAGUUCUUCCAUUUCUAGUGCUGCAGGUGUCACACAGCCGUUGAAGUUGACCGGUGAUUCGUUUAUUAGACCUCAUCUUAGAGAAUUGUCUCCGUAUCAGCCUAUAUUGCCGUUUGAGGUUCUGUCAACUCGUCUGGGUAGAAAGCCUGAGGAGAUUGUAAAGUUAGAUGCAAAUGAGAACCCAUAUGGUCCACCUCCAGAGGUUUUCGAGGCAUUGGGACAAUUGAAAUUUCCUUAUAUUUAUCCUGACCCUGAAAGUCGUACAUUGCGUGGGGCCCUCGCAGAGGAUUCUGGUCUUGAAUCGGAGUAUAUUCUUGUAGGGUGUGGGGCUGAUGAGUUAAUUGAUCUCAUUAUGCGGUGUGUGCUAGAUCCAGGUGACAGUAUUGUUGAUUGUCCCCCAACCUUUACAAUGUAUGAGUUUGAUGCAGCUGUUAAUUGUGCACGUGUUAUUAAGGUACCACGAAAGAUGGACUUUAGCUUGGAUGUACAAAGGAUCACUGAAGUCAUUGAGCAUGAGAAACCAAAGAUCAUUUUUCUAACUUCUCCUAACAAUCCAGACGGGAGUGUGAUCAGUGAUGAAGUUUUAUUGAAGAUACUUGAUCUACCAAUACUUGUUGUACUGGAUGAAGCCUACAUUGAAUUUUCAGGACUUGAUUCUAAGAUGGGAUGGGUUAAGAAGCAUGAGAAUCUUAUUGUUCUUAGGACAUUUAGUAAAAGGGCAGGCCUAGCUGGACUAAGAGUGGGAUACGGAGCGUUUCCUUUGAGCAUUAUCGAAUACUUGUGGAGGGCGAAACAACCCUAUAACGUGUCUGUUGCUGCUGAAGUUUCUGCAUGUGCAGCAUUGAAGAAUCCUGUAUAUUUGGAGAAAGUUAAAGUUGCUCUGGUACAAGAAAGAGAAAGGCUGUUUAAGCUUUUGAAACAAGUGCCAUUUCUAAAUCCAUAUCCAAGCUAUUCUAAUUUUAUUCUUUGUGAGGUUACUAAUGGACGGGAUGCUAAAAAGCUAAAGGAAGACCUGGCAAAAAUGGGGGUGAUGAUACGCCACUACAGCAACAAAGAACUGAAGGGUUAUGUUCGUGUUUCUGUUGGUAAACCAGAACAAACCAAUGCUCUAAUGGAUUGCAUUAAUCGUCUAUCUUAAGGUGGUAGGUUUGUUGGACUGUUAGUUUCUUGUUUUUGUUUAUAAAAAACCCCAUUUUUGUGCAUCGUUUGAUGAGAUUGGAAGCGUGAGCUUCAAGUUUUUAACAAGAUUGUUGUAUGAUUUUAUAAAAGCAAAGAUUUUUCCUCAUCUUUAUGGAUGUUGAGGGUCUAA